CCCGAGGUCGAGGCUGGUGUUGAUGAGGACGCGUAUUCAAACCGGGCGGCGGACCGCCGGCUCCAGGACGGCGAAUCGUCGGACCGAACCUAUUAUCAAUUGCAAAAAUGUCUGGGUCUGGAAACUUGUAAUGCUAUGUUGGGAAUAGUGAGUGCUCUGUAAUGCACAGCCAAGCAUGAGAAACAUCUGCGCUAUUUUGUGUUGCUUUGUUCGCAUGAGAAACUGCGUUUUUGCAUGACGGGCAAGAGGGUCUCUUCUUGGACACGCAUCACAAACUUUUUUGUCAUGCCAGGCAAGCAUGACAAAUCUCGCAAUCUUCCAGACCCAGACAUUUUUGCAAUCCAUACCUAUGUGACACCAACUCCACCGUUGCCGCUCAGCGGUGUGUGGCUUUUGUCCGAAGAAGAUCGGUAUGCAUUGCAAAUAUGUCUGGGUCUGGAAGAGUGCGAAAUUUGUCUUGCUCGGCUAGCAAGACUCUCAAGUCUGUCAUGCACGUUACCCAAAAGCCCCAUUUUUCUGUGAUGCUGAAACGUAGUUUGUCAUGCAGAAUUGGCAACGCCUAGAAGCUCAGAAACUUGUGGUCAUGCUGAGCCAUCACCUGUGGCCUCCUCAUGCUACGCAACUCAGCAUUACAAGUUUCCAGACCCAGACAUAUUUGCAAUGCAUAAUCGGAACGGGGGCGGGCCGAAAAUUUCCAAGCACCUGCUGAAAUUGACC